AUGCAUAAUUUGCUCGUUCUUGUUACACUCAUCUCGGCGGUCCUCGGCGGAACCCUUCAGGUCAUUGACUAUAAAGGCCAGUGUUUCGUGUAUUCUACGGAAAACUUCGACUGCACCGGGAUCUCGGAGCCAUUUGCACACCUUGACGGCACCUCUUGUUGCAAUCUGAACACAGAUGACAAAGUCACUCACUCCAAUUCAUCGGCGUUCAAAGCCAAGCUAUGUGGCUCCAGUCAAAACUCUGCCUGGGUGGAAGUGCAUCAGAAUGGCCUGCUCUUUUUCCAUAAUGAUAAAGCAGAUGAAGCAAAAUGCAAAGUCGACGGAGGUCUAGUAAAAGGGGGUUUAUGCACCGCAACCAAUAGUUCUUCGUCUUCGACGCGAAACAGUAAGCCUCAAUCGACUUCCUCGGAUACAAAAUCCAGCGAUAUGUUGGUUACGGAAGCAGCAUCGACUCCGACAAUGUCCUCGGGCUCUGAAAGCCCUUCGAACUCUAUAACGGAUUGUUGA